GGUUCAGCUGGCUUGGGUAGUGGAUCCUCUCUGGCUGUUUUGGUCCAGCUGAGUCGGCCCAAAAUGACAGCGAAGAAGUCUGGCUCACGGCUGGAGACCGAAAUUGAGCGGUGUCGAUCUGAGGCUCAAUGGGACAAAAUCCCGGAGUUGGUGAGGCAGCUUUCAGCCAAGCUCAUCUCAAACGAUGACCUCGGAGAGCUACUGUUGGGGGAAUGUAAGCUGCAGACCUACCUGAAGGAGAAUCCCAUUAAACAAGGGGCCAGUCCAAGAGGUCCACGGCCCAAAUUGGUGGAGGUCAGAAAACACCUUACAGCAGCACUGGACCGGGGGAACUUAAAGCCUGAUUACCUGCAGGAGGCCAGUCUGCUGAUGGCUAAGCUCUGUUAUGUGGAAGGGGACUACAAGGAUGCCUUAGGUCACUACAACAAGGUGAAUCUGGAUGAGCUGCAGCUGGGAGGUGCUCCUGUAUAUAGGCUUUCUAUGAUUGCAGAGGCUUAUGCGACUAAAGGCCUGUGUCUUGAAAAGGUGCCCCACUCUUCUCCAUCUCUGGCCAAUAGGAACACAGGCUCUCCAUCAUCUAACAGGGGCAUAACAGAGAGGGACCAGGAAAUCAUCACAUGCUAUGAAAAAUCAGGAGAUAUCGCUCUUCUUUACCUGCAAGAGGCUGAGAAGGCUUUGUCAGCAGGGAUGCAAAACCGCAGCCCUAAACCGGGUCCAGCGACACAAGAACAAGAGCUGGGCUAUUUCCUGGAGACUGGGCUGCAAAGAGCUCAUGUCAUUCACUUCAAAAAUGGUAACUUGACUCGAGGUGUUGGCCGAUUUCGAGAGAUUCUUCGGGCUGUUGAGACAAGAACCACUCAGAACCUGCGCAUGACCAUAGCGAGACAGCUUGCAGAGAUCUUGCUCAGGGGGAUGUGUGAGCAGAGUUACUGGUCUCCUCUGGAAGACCCACCCACCGUGUCCCCAUUGGACGAUCCUACUAGGCACGGACACGUUCACAGCAAGAACUAUACUUUGAGCCGCCGCCCCCGAGUAUAUUCUGGAGAAAAUCUGUUUUGCCCUCAGGAAAAUACGGAAGAAGCACUGCUGCUCCUUCUCAUUAGUGAGUCAAUGGCAAAUCGUGAUGCCGUUUUAAGCAGGAUACCUGAACACAACAAUGACCGCAUCAUAAGCCUCCAGUCUGCCUCCGUCGUAUAUGAUCUUUUGACUAUUGCUCUAGGAAGGAGAGGGCAGUAUGAGAUGCUCUCUGAGUGUUUGGAGAGAGCUAUGAAGUUUGCCUUUGAGGAGUUUCAUUUGUGGUACCAGCUGGCCCUGUCGCUGAUGGCUGCUGGGAAAUCCGCCCGAGCAGUGAAAGUUCUUAAAGAGUGUAUUCGAUUGAAGCCAGAUGACCCCACACUCCCACUACUUGCUGUCAAACUCUGCAUUGGACCUCUUCACUGGUUAGAUGAAGGGGAAACUUUUGCAAAGAUGGUGAUUGAAAUGGGAGAGAAAGCGGCAGAGUUCAGAGCCAAGGGAUACUUGGCCAUGGGUCUUGUUUAUAGCCUUAAAGCGACAGAUGCAUCAUUAAGAAGUUUGCAAGAGGAAUACCAGAGGAAGGCCUUGGCAGCAUUUCAAAGAGCCCAGAGUCUAUCACCUACUGACCAUUUAGCAGCUUUCUACCUGGCUCUUCAGCUGGCUGUGUCACGCCAGAUUCCCGAGGCUCUGGGAUAUGUGCGACAAGCUCUUCAACUACAAGGUGAUGAUGUCCAUUCCCUCCACCUUCUGGCUCUGCUGCUGUCUGCACAGAAACACUAUCAUGAUGCUCUAAAUAUUAUAGAAAUGGCUCUGUCAGAAUACCCCGAGAACUUUAAUUUAUUGUACACCAAAGUAAAGUUGGAAUCAAUGUGCAAAGGCCCAGAAGAAGCUCUACUUACCUGUAAACACAUGUUGCAGAUUUGGAAGAGUUUUUACAACCUUACCAAUCCCAGCGAUUCUGGGCGAGGCAGCAGCUUAUUGGACAGGGCCAUCGCUGACAGACGCCAGCUUAAUGCUAUGACUCUGCCUGACUUCAGUGACCCUGAGACUGUUUCUGGUUCUUCCUCAUCUCAGUCUGGUUCAGAUCCGAUCUCCCCUACUUCUCCCACUUCCCCCACCUCUCCCACUGCAUCCACUCUGUCCUCUCCACUACCCUCCCCUUGCUCUCCUGUCUUUAUCCUGCAGCCCCCUCCUCUCUCUCCGCUCAGACACCAGCCCCUCAUGUCCACCCCCUUUCAUCCACCCAUCUCCACGCCCGGUGCUCCAGUGCCCACCAAGCCCAGGAUGCAAUCGUUUUGUAACCACAAUGCACUGCGCCAGCUCUCCCCCAACUGCGGGCCUCAGGAGGCUAAUACUCUUGGUUUUUCCUCCAUGUUUUCUGUUUGCUCAGUCCAUGCUACGUCCAUCGCAGCCAGCCGAGUAGAGCAGGCUCUGUCUGAAGUAGCCUCCUCUCUCCAAAGCAGUGCCCCCAAACAUGGGCCCCUGCACCCCUGGAUGACACUUGCUCAGAUCUGGCUGCAUGCAGCCGAAGUGUACAUUGGGAUGUCUAAGCCAGCUGAAGCGACGGCGUGCACACAGGAAGCCGCCAACUUGUUCCCCACAUCCCAUAAUGUGCUGUAUAUGAGGGGGCAGAUCGCUGAGCUGCGGGGCAACAGUGAAGAGGCCAAGCGGUGGUACGAGGAGGCGCUGUCCAUCAACCCCACACAUGUGAAGACCAUGCAGAGACUGGGUUUGAUCCUCCACCAACUCCAGCGUUACAGCCUGUCCGAGAAGGUUUUGAGAGAUGCUGUGCAGGUCAACAGCACGGCUCACGAUGUGUGGAACAGUCUGGGUGAGGUGCUGCAGGCUCAGGGUAACUCGGCUGCUGCCACGGAAUGCUUCCUCACAGCACUGGAGCUAGAGGCCAGUAGCCCCAUUCUGCCAUUCACUAUCAUACCCAGAGCUCUAUAAUGAAACACACAACACACACAUCUAUAGGUGAUUUAAUUGGUGGUUUUCAGAUUCUACAAUGUGUCACAUUGCCAGAACGGGGACAACAACUGGAUUUUUCCUAUUGUUGGGUUUGAAGUUACAUCACAACAUUCUAGAGAUCAAUAAUAUUCAUUUUAGCUGCCCCGCCAUUUGUCUUAUUGUAAAUUUUUGUUGUAAUAUAGAAAGUUUUUCUGUCUAAUCACCAAUAGAAAUUAUAAGGUUCAGUAUUUGUGAAUUUCCUUUUGGAUAUUUCAUGGCUACAUACGAUGUAAUCAACUGGAAAAUCUGGUUCUUAUACCCCCCUAAUUUGCCAAGAAAUUUCCAAUAGUUUCACAAAUAUUGAUCCUGAAUUGUUUUUAAUAGACCCCAGAACUCACUAUAUUUCAACAAAAAUCUGCAUUUUAAUAAUAUUAUACAUUAUAUUAUUUAAGUUGCCCCCCCAUCUGUAUUAUAUAUUAUUGGCCUAUAGAAUAUUGUAAUGCCAUCUGAAACCCAGCAAUACUGUACCAGCCCAAAUGAAAUAAUUGAAAACUAGGUCAAUACCACUUAUACCCUCCGGCCUAAGCAUGCAAAUCCAACGACAGACAGCUCUAUUCGAUCGGCUUCACUAAAUUGUUGAAGAAGCCAUUGGUCAAUAUGCCAUAACCCCACUAUUUCUGUUAAGGCAGCUAUUAUUUUGCCUCUUCUCUUCAUCGUGGUCAUUGAUUUAAAAUGUAAAGUUGUUUCUGCUUGGCUUGAAAUUUGUGCUAAUUGUGCUAAAUAUUAAUAUUGGGCCUACACAAAGACUAUAUUAUUGUUUACAGUGAUGCAGACUUUUCAAAGCUAUAACAGAAAAUGCUAUAGAGUAGGCUAUAGAGCUGUUCUUUUACACCACACUGGUUCUUUGCUUUUCCACAAUGCCUUUCUUUGGUGGGCCUCCUUAGCCUCACGAUAGCUGACAGCCUGUUGACAUGUUGCCAUAGUUGCACUUUCAGCAUUGCCACUGUAUUUUGCCUAUGAAUGAGUGCUAUCAGUGUCUGUGUUAUUGACAUGUACACUUGUGCGUAUGUGUGUAUGUUUAUGUGCCAACAUGUUGCCUCUACAGAUAAGUGUUAUUGUGCAUUCGCCCUGUUGUCAAAUGUAAAUAUGACUAAAUAUGAGUUUCUUCUCUGCCUUUGUUAUGUUGUUUUAGUUACGUUUACAUGCUCUCCACAUUUCUCUCAAAUGUGGUAGUUUUCCUUUUGCCAUGCCAAAUAUUUCAAAAUGAUCUCUCAUGUGUUUAAUUUAUACCUUUUUUUUUUUUUGCUGUUCAAACAAAGAAAAUCAUUGUUACUGUAAAGUGGACUGUUAAAGUAUAGGAUAUUGAAGUGUUUGUAAAUAGAAACUACAGCACAUUACUAUAAUAAUAUCUGUCUUAAUAAUGACAUGCUUUGGAUGAGUUGAAUUUGUCAAAAUGGCUUAAAUCCAUUUUAUCAAAGUAAAUUGUCACUCUAUGGCAAUCUAAUGCUUCCAAAUGGUUUAGAAAACAUUAGCAAAAGUAAAUAUUAAGGAGAAUCACAAUAAUUAAAUAAAUAUAGUUUUUCCUUGAAUUUUAUGAAAUACCAAAAUAUAUUGAUGUACAUAAAAUUGUGUAAUUUUAGUAAAUUAUGCAUAUUUUUUCUCUGGCUGUAAAUGGGAACCUGAUUCGUUUUGAUUUGAUCUGUACAGGAGUGACUGAAAUGUGAAUAAAAGAUUUAAACAGA